GUCAAAGGUUGUGGGCGGAGCUAGGUAUGAGGUGUGGAGUAUUUAAUUGUCAGGACAGAGGGAAGAAGGCACAGUGAAAAUGGCUCUUCACCAACUUCUGUGUGGUUCAGCUGUGAUGAUCAUCCUCUUAUCCAAUGGAUGUCAUUCACAACAGCAGCCAGCAUGUGGCCGGGCACCAAACAACCCCAGAAUUGUGGGAGGUCAAGAUGCAGCUGCAGGAACUUGGCCCUGGAUAGCCAGUUUACAAAUUGAUGAGGAUCACAGUUGUGGAGGGUCCCUGAUCAGCAAUAUGUGGGUUCUGACUGCUGCUCACUGCAUCCCAGGGUAUCUCACAAACAUGACUGUUGUUCUGGGCCGCGAAAGCAUGAAAGGUCAAAACUUGAACGAAGUGUCAAGGGCAGUUGAUAAGAUCAUAACCCAUCCUGCUUACGAUGCAUUGAGCAAAGACAACGACAUGGCUCUUCUGAAGCUGUCGAGACCCGUAAACUUUACCGACUACAUCCAGCCGGUGUGCUUGGCCUCUGCAAACAGCACCUUCUACACCGGUGUGACAAACUGGGUCGUUGGUUUUGGUACUACAUCAAGUGGUGGCCCCAAUGCCGACACCCUGCAGGAAGUGAGGGUCCCAAUCGUGGGAAACAAUGAGUGCACAUGGCCUAACCCAAAUCUCACAGACAACAUGAUCUGUGCUGGGUUAAGAGCUGGAGGGAAUGAUUCAUGUCAGGGAGACUCAGGUGGACCAAUGAUGAUCAAAACUGGUUCAGUCUGGGUCCAGAGUGGUGUUGUGAGUUUUGGAGAAGAAUGCGCCUUGCCAGAUUAUCCAGGAGUUUACGCCCGUGUGUCCAACUACGAAGACUGGAUCAAAAAUCACACUGGCUCUAGCCAACCAGGCUUUGUUGACUCCAUGUCCUCAGGAGUUGACACCGACUUAACCUUUGACUGUUCUGAAAUAACCACAAACACCGAACCCCCCAAACCUUAUCCCACCACCCAUCACCCCUAUCCCACCACCCAUCACCCCUAUCCCACCACCCAUCACCCCCAUACCACCGAUGACGGCAGUGUGUUUGGCAGUGGUGAGAGAGUGAUCUCCUCACUCGGUCUUCUCCUUAUGUCUCUCUAUGCGCUGGUCGGAGGCAUAUCGGUGAUGAUCAUCCUCUUAUCCAAUGGAUGUCAUUCACAACAGCAGCCAGCAUGUGGCCGGGCACCAAACAACCCCAGAAUUGUGGGAGGUCAAAAUGCGGCUGCAGGAACUUGGCCCUGGGUAGCCAGUAUACAAGUGAAUGGCAAGCACUAUUAUGGAGGGUCCCUGAUCAGCGCUAUGUGGGUUCUGACCGCUGCUCACUCUAUCUCAGAUCGCAACAUGACGGUUGUUCUGGGCCUCGAAAGCAUGUCUGGUCCAAACUUGAACAACGUGUCAAAGGCAAUUGAUAAGAUCAUAUUCCAUCCUAUGUACAACUCCCUCAAUUUGGACAACGACAUGGCUCUUCUGAAGCUGUCGAGCCCGGUGAACUUUACAGACUACAUCCAGCCGGUGUGCUUGGCCUCUGAAAACAGCACCUUCUACACCGGUGUCAACAGCUGGGUCGUUGGUUUUGGUUUUACAUCAAGUGGUGCCAAGGCCGACACCCUGCAGGAAGUGAGGGUCCCAGUCGUGGGAAACAAUGAGUGCACAUGUGCCCACCACGAUCUCACAGACAACAUGAUCUGUGCUGGGUACAGAUCUGGAGGGAAUGAUUCAUGUUGGGGAGACUCAGGUGGACCAAUGAUGAUCAAAAAGGGUUCAGUCUGGGUCCAGAGUGGGGUUGUGAGUUUUGGAAACUGUGGCGCGCCGAAGUUUCCUGGAGUUUACGCCCGUGUGUCCAACUACGAAGACUGGAUCAAAAAUCACACUGGCUCUAGCAAACCAGGCUUUGUUGACUACAUGUCCUCAGGAGUUGAUAGCGACUUGGACUUUGUCUGUCCCACCGCCUAUCCCACCACCCAACACCCCUAUCCCACCACCCAACACCCCUAUCCCACCACCCAACACCCCUAUCCCACCACCCAACACCCCUAUCCCACCACCCAUCACCCCUAUCCCACCACCCAACACCCCUAUCCCACCACCCAACACCCCUAUCCCACCACCCAUCACCCCCAUACCACCGAUGACGACAGUGUGUUUUGCAGUGGUGAGAGAGUGAUCUCCUCACUCGGUCUUCUCCUUAUGUCUCUCUAUGCGCUGGUCGGAGGCAUAUAA